AUGGUGAAUAUUACGGAGAAGAUCAAAGAGAUUGAGGAUGAGAUGAGGAGGACGCAGAAGAAUAAGGCUACGGAAUAUCAUCUUGGUCUACUGAAAGGAAAACUUGCCCGUCUCCGCGCACAACUCCUCGAACCCGCUGCAGGUGCAGGUUCCGGUGGAGGACAAGGAUUCGAUGUAUCGAAAUCCGGAGAUGCGCGUAUUGCACUCGUUGGCUUCCCCUCGGUAGGAAAGUCGACCUUCCUCUCCAGAGUCACAAAGACAAAAUCAGAAGCCGCAUCCUACGCCUUCACCACGCUUACGGCGAUUCCUGGUGUGCUUGAGUAUGGUGGUGCUGAGAUUCAGGUCUUGGAUUUACCGGGUAUCAUUGAGGGCGCUGCGGAGGGCAAGGGACGAGGAAGACAGGUCAUUAGUGCUGCGAAGACGAGUGAUCUUGUCUGCAUGAUUCUUGAUGCUACGAAGAAGGCGGAACAGAGGCGAUUGUUGGAAGCCGAGUUGGAAGCUGUGGGUAUCAGAUUGAACCGCGAGCCACCAAAUAUCUAUCUCAAGCCCAAGAAGGCUGGCGGCAUGAAGAUCAACUUCCAGGUCCCGCCCAAGCAUCUCGACGAGAAGAUGGUCUACAACAUUCUCAAAGACUACAAGAUGCUCAACUGCGAAGUCCUCGUCCGAGACGAAAACGCAACAGUCGACGACUUCAUCGACGUCAUCAUGAAGGACCACAGGAAAUACAUCAAGUGUCUCUACGUGUACAACAAGAUCGAUAGCAUCGGUCUCCCCCACUUGGACGAAUUAGCACGCGAGCCACACACCGUCGUCAUGAGCUGUGAGCUCGAUCUCGGUAUUCAAGACGUUGUGGACAGGUGUUGGGAAGAGUUGAGGUUGAUCAGGGUGUACACAAAGAGGAAGGGCAACGACCCAGAUUUCUCAGAGGCGCUCAUUGUACGGCACGGAAGCACGAUCGAAGACGUCUGCGACCAAGUUCAUCGGACACUGAAGGAGACGUUCAAGCAUGCGCUGGUUUGGGGCGCAAGUGCCAGGCACGUGCCGCAGAAGGUGGGCUUAGGGCAUGUAGUGGCCGAUGAGGAUGUUGUCAGCAUUGUGGCAAAGUAA